AGAGAAUUAUUAUCUUGCGAUUGGUGAAUGGUGUAUAGUGCGGGAGACAGUAGCAAAUAGAACCAAGCCAACAAUGGGUACCGACAAGCCAAACCGGGUCGGGUCGUUUAUAUACAUCACUGAUCCGAUUCGUGUUUUCCUCUCCGGCGCGUCGAAAGACGCGACUCUCUCCGACGAGCUUCGACGAACAUCCUCCGAUCUGCUCCUCCACUCGGAUGUACCCUACGCGCAACUUCGCGCUGUGUGGAUGGCCUCUGAUCCAUCCACCAGACCCGACUUGACCCGACUCUUUUCGGGCACCCGCUUCAUCUUCUCCAGCCCUAAGCCCAGAGAGAAGAGUGAAGAAUUGAAGGCGAGGCUGAAAAAGUUGGAAGACAUAGCAGAGAGAAAAGCGUAUCAAGAGCUUGUGAAGGAUAUUACGCCGCCUAAGGAUGUCCCGGAACCGUUCUCUUCUUACAAGGAUCAAUUAGGCUUUGGUUUACAUGUUGUGGUUACCAUGUUUACUGGCUAUCUUCUCGGAUAUGCAGCAUUUAGAGCAUUGUUCAAUCACAGUCCUGCCAUGAAUGCUGCUGGAGGAAUUCUGGGGUUGGUUGGUGCCAUGUUUGUGGAAACUUUCCUUUUCAUUAUUAGAAGUUCCAAUGCAGAUGCCAACAAAACAAGAAAAUCCAGUCAGAAGGCGAGAUCAUCCUUUUCAACAUCCGGGAUUAAGAAAAACCAGUAGGCAUGAUCAGCUAAAGAUGACAUCUACCUCGCAUUCCAACAAGGUGUUCGGACAUAUCUGGAUCCUCAUAAGUACUGUCGUAAUGUUAUGCUCUGAUCUCAACCUGGCUUGACAUGAGCACCUUGCCACCCCUCCCUGCACCAGUGAAGAAAGAAGUAGCAAUUCUUUAACUGACCCGAGUAUUUCAUGAUUUUUGGCCUCUUGGGAUGUGGUUGAGCAUUAUGCAGGGAUGUUUCUAUUCCCCCAUUUAUUUUGAUUGGAAUAUCUUUAGGGAGGUACAUGUAAUGCACCCUUAAAUUGUUGGGUAAAAGUUUUUAAAUUGAACAAGUCUCAGCUGAUAUUGCAGUUUCAUCAUUAUUCAGUUCUUUAUUUAAGGUUGUUGUC